AGGCGAGUGCAGAGUAGACUGUACUAGAAUAUCAGGGUUUUGAGACUCACCUCUCUGUCAUCCCAUUAAAGAAGGCCACCCACGAGCAGCUGCAGUUGGUUGAAGGCUGCUUUCUUCUCUGCAACGUUCUUUUCCUCCUCUUCCGUUCCUGUAUAUCAACAACACAAACAACCAUCGGUGAAGAUAAAGGAGGGAGAGGAGAAAGAUGGGGAAUUGCCAGGCAGCGGAGGUGGCCACGGUGGUGAUCCAGCACCCCGGCGGGCGGGUGGAGCGGCUUUACUGGCCGACGAGCGCGGCGGAUGUCAUGAAGAGCAACCCGGGCUACCACGUCGCCCUCGUCACCCUCUACGUCUCGGAGACGAAGACGGACGGCGGCGGCGGCGGUGCCGGCACCGUGCGGUUCACCCGCGUGCGGCUGCUCAAGCCCAGGGACAUGCUCCUGCUCGGCCAAGUUUACCGGCUCAUCACCUCCCAAGAAGUUGCAAAGGCUCUGAGGCAAAGGAAGUAUGAGAAGCUCAAGAAAAACCAGGCUGAAUCGAUCAGAAAACAACAACAACAGCAGCAGCUGCAGCAGCAGCAUGGAACAAGCGAUCAGUGUACAGAUCCUGCUCGAGAGGAAACAGAGGAGGAUUCAGAUGCCACACAUCAGGCAACAAAUCAGGAGAGGGAUCGGCAAAAGAGCAGAACGCAGGUGGCGGCAAGAGGCCGCCAUUGGCGUCCUUCGCUUCAGAGCAUCUCAGAAGCUGGGAGCUAAUUGCGCAACCAUCGCGAGCUGCUUUCACAACGCAUAGACCCAAGUCUUGACGGAAUUCACACACAGGUCUCGGGCAUGAUAGUUAUGGAAAGAAGCAUUCCAUCAAAGAAAGAGUUGAGAUUCGGGUUGCUAUUGCUGGAGAAAAAUCUGGUAGAGUCCUUGUACAGAUAAGACUCUUUAAUAACCACAGUUCAUGAUGUAGUCACCAAUGUUCAGAAACAAGAAAAGAAAAAGAAAAAAUUGAUGUAUCAUCAUGAUCUAGAGCUUACAGAACAUGCAUGCUAAUGUAGUGGACAUUAGCUUUCCUUCCA